UUUCUCAUCACAGAAUAAACAUCAUGUACAACAGUUCUUAGCAAAGCACUUAAACAGAGCUAAAAUGAAAAAGCGGUGCUCUACUCUACUCUUUGCAGGUUUACUUAGAAAGGUUGAUGUCAUAUGCUAAGAUUGACCUCUGUCCUACCAACUGGAAAAGGAUUGUCUUGGGAGCCAUUCUCCUUGCCUUCAAGGUUUGGCAUGAUAAGGCUGUGUGGAACAUACACUUCUGCCAGAUCCUCAAGAACCUUGCACUCCAAGACAUAAAUCAACUGGAAAGGCAUUACUUGUGUCUGCUUGAGUUUAAUGUUAAUGUGUCUGCCAGCACUUAUGCCAAAUACUACUUUGAUCUUCGCUCUUUAGCAGAUCACAGCAACAUGUACUUUGUGUCUGCACCUCUCACCAAAGAAAGAGCACAGAAACUAGAAGCGAUGUCAAGAUACUGUGAGGAUGGAGGCUUGAACAGAGGUGAGAUCAGAAAAUAUUCCAGUGAUGACAGCUUCACUGGAAUUCGACUGUCAAAAGCCAUCCUGUCUUAAAAGAGAGAGAUGACAUCUUAGACCCUCGUUUGCACAAGAUGGACCACCUGUCUUGUAAAAAAAAAUCCAAAGUGAACAUUUUGCCAAAAGGAAAGACCUUGAAUUUCAGAAACUGUUGGACAGUUAUAGUUGUAUUAUAUGGGAAGAGACCUUGUGAAAGCAGCAACACACUUCCUUUCUUCAUUGAUGUGAGCAGAGUUAGUAGUAGUAUAAAGCAGAAGCUCCUGGAUGACACAACCAUUCGUUUACUUCACAGGCCAAUGCCUGUGAACUCUGCAAGGUUUUUGGAU